AUGACAAAUACAAAAGGCGCACUAGGCGAAACUGAAAGUAAAAUAGUCACAACAAAGUCAAAAGAGCCAGUCCACUGUGUGUGGUCGAUUUUCGACACUCGAGGGGUGAAAAAUGCUCUCCAAGUGACCCACACGCUCAAGUACAUCAUCACAACGACGUCUCAAAUUCCAAACUUCCCAGAGUACUUGAGUGUCGGGUAUGUUGACGGCGUACAGAUUUUUCACUACGACAGCAAGAGCAGGAAAGCAAAACCCAAACAGGAUUGGAUGAACAAUAUCACAGCGGAGGAUCCCAGGUACUGGGAGAAAGAGACGCACAAAAGCAUCGCUAACGAGCAGGCGUUAAAAGAUAACAUUGCAGUUGCUAAAGAGCGCUUCAACCAAACUGGAGGUAUUCACAUGGUCCAGGUUAUGUAUGGCUGCGAAUGGGACGAUAAGACGGGCAAGGUCGACGGUUGGGAACACUACGCUUACGACGGGGAAGACUUUCUAUCCUUUUAUUUGAAGGAGCUGAGAUGGAUCGCGGUCAAGCCGCAAGCUGUCAUCACCAAACAGAAGUGGGACAGUGAUGAACGUUAUAAUCAACAUACGAAGCAUUACUACACUGCGCUUUGUCCUUUUUAUUUGAAGAAGUUCAUGUACUUUGGGAAGGACUUCAAGAGAACAGAGCUUCCGCGGAUCUCCUUGCUGCAGAAGACGUCGCGGUCGCCGGUGACCUGCCAUGCCACAGGGUUUUACCCCAGGGAAGCCGACUUGUUUUGGAUGAAAGACGGAGAGCAACUCUUCGAGGACGUGGAGAUGGGCGAGACCCUCCCCAACCAUGAUGGGACCUUCCAGACCAGCGCUUACCUGAAAGUGGUUGACGCUGAUGCCAAAUACCAAUGCGUCUUCCAGUUGGCCGGGGUCCCGGAUGACAUCGUCACUCCGCUGGACCCCGCCCACGUGCUGAGCAAUGAGUGCAUUCGGGGAGUACAGACGACGAUGAUGAUGGCCAUCACCGCGGCGUUGACCCUCCUCAUGUUGGCGCUCCUCUCUCUGGUCGCGUUGAAACUGCGAAAAGCCAAAUACACUCCAGCUUCAGUUUAUGAAGAGUCCGAGCCAGCCUACCCCGAAAGCCCGACUAAAACCAUCAGCUCGAUCACCUCCUCCAGCAGUUCCGCUUCCUCCAGUACUUCCUCCAGCAGUUCCAAUUCCGAUUCCUCUGAUACCUCCUCCACAUUUCUUAUUCCCCGCAAGCCCGCUUCCUCCGAGUGA